UCCAUGGGGUGUGGUUCCAGCAGAAGACUGAGAGCGGUCACCCCAAUCCAUAGCAUUCAUUCUCAAAGCAAGGAUAUGGUACUACCGGUAGCUUGGGUGUCCCAUGUCAAGAAGCCUCUGUCUUUUUCAGCGAAUGCCUCGGCCCAGACUGAGGGAUGUUCAAUGAUGUUAGAUAACAACGUCCAAACGGAUGUCGAGUUAACACCCGUCAUGAGCUGGGACACAAGAGACGUCGAAACUCAAACUCCCGUCGAUGAAGGAUUCGACAGCAUUGACAGGAUACUUGCUAAAGCUGACCAGUUUCUCAUGAUGCCCUCCAAGUAUGGAUCUGAACGGUAUCUCCCCGAAUCUGUGGAGGUAUCUGUGCAGACAACAUACAGUGGAGCGGAUGAGUCCACACAAACAGAAAUUCCUUCAGAAAAUACGCAAGCAGUGAAGGAGGAGAGUUUCGAUUCCUCUUUGACCGAUAUUUCCAAUAAGCAAGAAGAUGUCGAUCUGGAAGAGCGAUUAUCUGAAUUGACUUCCAAAAUGCUAUCUAUUGAGUCACAAACAGACCCUCUGAGUAAAGCAAAAGCAGCCAACACUGCUGAUAGCGAGGCCGCUGGCGUGCUUUACAUGAGCGAGUUGCUCUCUCCAUUUGCUCACCUGGAGAAGGAACUGGGCAACGCACCUUUCGAGGUCCGGUCCGACAAUUCCCAAAUCUCGAAAGAAGCUGUCCAGGACAGCAUCGCCAGGCUGCUAAUGGAUGUAGAGGACAGCUUAAGUAGGCACGCCCUCCUCGACUAUAGCCUUAAACAUACCCUGAAAGAAAUUGGAGUGCAGACAGACAACGAUCCCAUCACGGAUGAAGCCCCCGAAUACGCUGCCCGUCCCCCACCUUGCAAGAAGCUGGAAAUGAUCCCGGAAAUGAGUGUCUUUGAAGACAUUGACAAGCAUGCACUGGAGGCACCAGAAUCGACGAAAUCAUCUCUGAGGAACUUAGUAAAUUAUUUAUGUGCUGCUGCUGAAAAUGAACUUUUCAAGGUCAGAGCUUUCUUCAGGUGGAUUUCAAACAACAUCACGUAUGACUGGAAAUAUAUGGACGUCAAGCUGAGGGCAGAUCAAGUCUUACAACAAGGGGAAGGAGUUUGCAAGGAUUACUGUAAACUAUUCGGCGAGAUGUGCAAGCUGGCAAACAUGCGGGUGAAACGCGUUCAUGGCUUUGCAAAGGGAUUCGACUACAGACCUGGCCAUCAGUUCCAUCCAGGUGAAGACAUUACGCAUGCGUGGAAUGCAGUGUUCAUUUUCGGUGCUUGGCGUCUCAUAGAUGUCACGUGGGGGACAGGUUAUACAGAUCAUACGGGUAAAUUUCAACGCAAGCUUAAUGAGCAUUUCUUCUUGACGGAUCCUGAAGUUUUAAUAUGGACGCACUUUCCUUAUAGUGAGAUGGAAAGAAACUACUCCAGGUGGCAGCUUCUUGACAAACCAAUCAAACUGGAUGAGUUCAACGCUUUGCCAAAAGUGACACCUUUCUUCUUCGAAUACAAUUUACGAAUCCGAUCUCGACCACAAAAUCCCGUUAUCUUUCGUGUCCAAACAGAACUGAAAAUCGCAGCCCAUAAACCUACACGCUAUAAGUAUAAACUGUAUUCUGUAGAAGACAGAGAGAAUGGUACACUGAACAACCAUGUCUUUUGCCAGUUGAAGGAAGACAGACUUUUAGGUUCUUUUGCUAUUGCUCCUCCAGCAGAAGGCUUGUAUUAUUUCAAGGUGUAUGCAAGACCUGAAUGGCAAAUGUACGAAGACACAACGCUUAAGAACGUAGCCAUUUUCUUGCUGGAGUGUGUGAAGGCCAAGAAACACAUCAAUCCUUACCCACUCCAUGACGUGCCUUGGGGUCCAGCUCAAUCGUUUUACGAUUUCAAAAUGAAGCUUGUCAAUCAGAUGGGACCCGUCAUCGUUACGUGGGGUGGGAAACGAAAGCUUGUCAUUGAAACUGCCAGCGUGAUGCUCAUUACACAACAGCUAUUUGAUGUGAGUGGUAAGGAGAUGGACACCAGAGGUAUCAUUCAGAGGGAAGACUCCGAUGCCCGAAUCUCCUUCACAAUCACUCCUCCAAGGAUAGGCUACUAUAAGCUCCUCAUCUUCGGUAUGCCGAAACCUAAACUUAAAGGCAAAUGGAGACUACCUCUCCUUGCAUCGUUCCUCAUAGACUGUAAACUCACUAAGAAUCCAGGGGAGGAUGAUCCAUAUAAUUCGAAUAAGAAAGAAACCAAGAGGAAGAAGAUGAGGAUACCUACAGUGAGAUGAAGUCCCAGAAAAUAUAUAUUCGUUAAUGAAGAGGAGUCUGAGCAGAACUUGGCUUGGAGGAUUGGUUUUAAUUUGUCAUCAAAUAGUCAUUGUUAUGGUUGUUCUCGACUUUGCUCUGGCAUCUUAACGAAUUUGUCAUCUUCAAAGCUCUAAAAGAAAACUGAUGACAAGUAUAAUUCCAGUAUAUCAUAGAUAAGAGUUCUUGAAACAGGAAUGUCAAAUGUUUAGCAAUAAGAAAUGAACAGAGCUUAAUAUGAAAAAUUUAUGUGUAUACGUAUGUGAAAGAAUUUAAUCAAAUUUGAUGUGAUAAAAUUCCGAGCCAUAAAUUAAGAUAGUUAAAACCUUUUGGGAUUAGUAAACAUUAAGCCAAUUUUAACAUCGUCAUGGAUGUAAAAAAAGGACAGGGGUUUGAAGAAUAUUUUUUACUGUUCAUUCUCAAAGUGGCGAGAGUUUUUCAUCUGAAUUUUUUAAUACUAUAAAAGGUAAAAUUAAUUUACGUUCAUUUUAUAGAAAAGGAGCUGAAAUAGCUCUGUUAUCAUCUUCCUUUUCCUUGUCUUCUACUUCCUUACAAAUUCCAUUCCCCAUUCCCAUUUUCACCAUUGAUUAAUUUCACCUGUAAUCAUGUACCAAGUGUUUUUCACAAACAGGACAUUACAAAUACAUACCUUAUGAAUCAAUUAUCUUUGCUUAGAAAUGUCAUUUCAUAUAAGUAACCUACUUUUCAUGUAUUUCCUAUAAGUGUAGAUAAUUUAAACUUUUCUUUUCUACUUUUUUACAUCUAUUUAAUAAAAUAACAUUCAAUAUUUAUUUGCAAAAUAAAGUAGGAUUUUAUAUUCAAAACUGAAAGCUAAGUUCCUAUACAAAAGCGUUUAUAUCAAUGAAAAUAUGGCAAUAUAUGUACUUUUAUUUAUUAGAAUAAUCUGAACUAAAUUUCCACCAAAUUACGUUAUGUUUUUUACGCAGAAACAAGUAUAUUAUUAAAUGCUGGGUAUAAGUGACAAUGCUAGCCAUUCCUCUAACAAGAUUUGUUUAGAAUAUGCUUACAUAAAAAUAAAAUAAAUGUUAAUGAUUAAAAAAAAAAAAUUUCAGUUUUUGAAAAUAAUUUUUUUAGAAAUAUUAGUUUUUCUCAAAAUUAAAGCUUUUAAUUUGCUCAAACAAAUAAUGUAAAGUUGAUUAAACUUUUUGUGAAACGCAUAAUUUUUUUUAUACUUAUCAAAUUAAAAAUUUAUAAAAUUAAAGAAGAAAAAUAUUCUUCUUAAUGCAGUGGAUUUGAGUUCUUACGAACUUCCCAUUUAUGAAUUACUCGUUUAUAUGAAUUAUCACACUUAGCUCAAAAAUUAUUCUACAGAACUAACUUUAACUGCCGUUAAGGCAAAUUGUAUAUUUUUACCUCUCCAAUGCCAUUCGAAUUUACGUAUUUUCAUUUUUAUGAAUUAUUUUAAAAGUCCAUAUGAGUUCGUAAAAUCAAGAGUCAACCGAAACGGAAAUCAUGCCAUUUAUUGAGAAAAUAGUAUAAAACUUAUUUCUUUUUUUUUAUUGAUUAUAUAUUUUAUAAAUGCAGAGUAAUGCUAUUAAAAAAUUGACAUUAUUUUUAUGAAUUAACAUGGAUAUCGUUUUCCACAAAUAGGUCAAUAUAAAUCAGAACAAGAUUUCAACGACCUUGCAUGCAAAUUUCUCAAUUUAUCAUUAAAUACUUCGCAUUGAGUUUCAAAAAACAUAUACUAAAAUUUCAUUAAAAACUUAAAGCAUCAUUUGUACCCAGUUACGUAUCGCAUUAUUUAAAUAAAUUAACUAAUAUGAUAUUUAAGUUCUUUUUAGGAAAUGCUUCUUUUUCCUAUGUAUAUAAUUUAUUGCUAUUAAUUCUUGUCACCAUUCUGGUUCUAUGAAUUUCUUUUUAAUUCUAAUUCAUGCGAGUUUAAAUUUUGAGUAAAUAUUUUCUUGAAAAAUAGACAUUAUUCAGUGAGCACAUGUGUUAGGUAUUAUAUCAGAAUAAAUUUUAUAUUUAGCAACAGACAGUUAAAUUAAUAUUUGAAAACUUAAAUGACAUUAAUUAAGUUUAAUGGAAUCAAAUACAUUUUGUUAUUUCUAUUAUUUUGGCUUGUAACUGCAAGUUGUGCUUUUUUAAUUAACAAUAUUUUUUAUUUUAAUUAAUUUUAAUAUUUUAAUUUGAUAUAUUUUUAAUUUUAAUUCGUUGAUAAAUUUAAAUAACAGUGAUUACUUAAUUUGCUGUUGAAUUGAAGCAAUACGUCAAUAUUAUAGUUAUUAUGAUCUUCGCCUGAAUGCCUUUAAUUCCUUUUUAGUGAAACAUCAACUAAAGUCCUUUUAAAGCUCAAUUUACCCUUAAGUGUUUUCAUCAAUCGGUCCAGUAAAUUCAAUCCGUUAUUUGAGUGUAUUUAAGUAGUAAUAAUAAAUUAGACUGCUUAAUAAAAAUCGUCUUUCCCCCUACACUAAUAUAGUUCAUUCGGUGAAUUUCCAUUCAAAAAACAUUUGAAUUAGUCCCAAUGUAUCACGAAUAAUAAUGCUUAUAUGUUAGCAUAUGGCAAUUUUGAAAAUGAUUAUUCAUUCAGAAACCUUUUUAUCCCUUUCCUAAAUUAACACAAUAAACCAUGAGAUCUUUAAACACAGUUAAUAAAUAAAGCAUUGUGCAUCCGUUUUAGUUAUAAUAUAAUAUCAAGAUUAUUAAUCCACAAAGGUCUAAAAAACGUUAACGUAAACUUGCAAAUUCGUAGAAUAUGCAGCAAAAGAACAUGAGAAUAAAGUUAAGAAUAAUUCUGGGACACGUUGGAAAAACAAUAGAGAUACGCGAUAUUACGCGUUAAAUUUAGAUCUUAGUAAUUUGCUUCAUAACUUGACAGUAAUCUGUAGCAGACUUAGAAGUAAAUUUUUAUUCGUACAUAUUAAAUAGAUGUGCGUAUUCUUGACCAGAGCAAAUUUUAUUGAACGUUUUGUAUCUAUUGAAAAAAAGUGAAAGAAAAACAACAGACACCCGCAUUUUUGCUGAGAUAUUGAUUUACGUUCAGUUGAACUUCAAGGCAGUUGAACUUUAUUUAAAUUAUAACUUAUAUAAAUGUUCUUGCAGCUCUCUCACUUACGCAAUGCUUAAUUCAAACUGCUUAAACAAUAAAAUGAAGUACUUUCAGCAGUGUGUGCUAAAGCAACUAUAAAUAUUUAAACAGCAUUUCCCUAUGAACACUAUAUUCAACUAAGUGAAGCUGUAAAUGCUACGUAGCACUUUCAGUUACACACCCAAGCAUUUAAGUGUUGAACCAACUAACAUGAUUGACUAGCAUUUUCAAAUUUCUCGUUGAAUUCAGCUUCAUGAAACAAUUAAAUGUUUUUUAGAACUCUUAACUCUUCAUUUUAUAUUCAGAUCGUUUCAGCAACUAUAAAUAUUUGAAAUAUUUUGAAUUCAGUCUAUUGAAGCAGAUUAAUGAAAAUGCAUGAGAUAACAUAAUUCACAUUUCUUUUCGGUUGCAGAAAAUAGUACUUCUGUAACUAGAAAAAAUGUAAGUACCAUUUUUUUUUUGGCUACUGUUUUUAUGAUAAAAAUGAAAUGAUGUUAAGUAAAAUUUCGUAAAGCAAGGCAAAUAUGUAUUACGAAUUUCAAAAUAGUUAUGAAAAAAAAAAAUGACGGCUAUGCUGACAAAAAGAAAAACAGUUUCAAAAUACAGACCUUAAAAUAUAAACAGCCAUUGAAUACCAUAUUAACUUAUGGGAAACAUUCACAUUUCAUCUGUUUAAAAACAUUACUUAAUCACAUAUUUUUAGUUAAUUAUAUUCAGAAAUUUCUAAGAAAGCAAAUCAUUUGUGCAAAAUAGAAUUAAUACUUAUCAAGAACAUGAACAUUCCGCUCAAGAUUCAAAUGAAAAAAGGAAAUUUAACCAAAUAAGAGUCUGCUACCGGUUAUGUUUAGUUAAAAAUUAUAUGAGAUGUAUAUAUUGAUGUGUUAGAUAAAUGUAAAUUUCUCUAAUGUAUAUGUAAUUAACCGACAAUAUUCCACUAUGUUUAAAUGUACAGAUAGCUAGAUCGAUGCUUAUUUCAAACAUUCAAAGUUUUCUCAAGAGAAAACUAAGAGCCCUUAUAUGAAUCCGUCCAAUAUCGAGAUGCUCAUAUCUUUGUAUAAAACGAGUGAUUUAAACAGUUAUGCAAAUAAAUUAUAGAAUAAAAGUUUAGGCUUCGUAAUGGGAUAAAUAAACCUUUUAUAAAGAUUUUCUCAUCUUGUAUCAAAGCAAUAACUCAGGAAUAUUCAGAUUAAUGUGAUGUAAAAUAUGUGCGAAGAUUUUGGCAAGAAUACCGUGCUAAUUAAUGCCACUUUGUUUCAACAUAUAUAUUUUCUAUAGUGUCCUAGUUGAAACAGAACGAUAUCAUUCAUUACGCGGAAAACAUCUUCCUCAUGCAAAUUUCAUGUUACGAUUUAUAGCCAUGUAAAUAUAUAGAUGUUAAAUUCUUAAUUUGCUUUGACUCAUUCUGCAGUAUUUUACGUGUAGAUAGUAAUAAGUAAAGGAAUCAGCUUUUCAAAAUGUAUUCCAUUUAAUAUAAAAUAUGCAGUGUGUAAUGCAGGUAUGUGCAACUUAAUGGGAGUACGGCCUGUAUUAGAUAUUAAAAAUAUUACACGGGACGGAGUACUUUCAGAUUAAUUUAUAUAAAAACAUAAAACAUGAAUACGUCUUAAUUAGUUUAAUCUCUACGUUACUACAUAUAAACUUCCAUUACACAAUAUAGAAAAGUAUAACAUACAAAAUAAGACAAUAUUCUUAAAUAAUAUUAAUAAUAAAAAACUUUAUAAUGCGAUGAUUCCGAUUUCAUGGUUGACAUAAGGUAGCCAAUUAUUCGAGGAUACGGCUAGCGUUGAAAGUAUCAACAUGUUUUCCAGGUGCGUAUCAGUAAUUCGAGUCUUUCUCUUGGAUUUCACGAACUUCAUCCUAGAAAAAAAGGGGUGCUUGUCUUACAUGCUUCCAAAUGACGUAAUUCUUUCUUAGCAAAAGCGACCCCCUUGGAAACUUGUCACGUGAGAAAUAGUUUAAAAGUCAAUUAGUACAAUAUCCUAGAUUUUUGUCUGCAGAAUAAGUUUCUCUUGUAGUUUGAUUAAUUCUAUUUGCAAAGAAAAUGGUACUAAUUCGACAUCGACACCAAAUGAAGAAGAAAAUUCGAAAGCUUGCAUCUUGGUUUUUAAAAUCACUGAACCAAGUAUUGAAUGCUUGACUCAAAGAUUUUAACUCAUCAGCAAACGAUUCGCAAUCAAAAUCAUUUUUGCAGUUAACAAGUGCGGGAAAGUAGUGAGUAUUGCCUUUCCUUAAUAUAUUUUCCCAGAGUCGAAGCUUAUUCUGAAAUGAUUUUAGUAGUCCAUAAGGCUCAUGAAUCAACUGUUCCUGAGUUUGUAACAGAAUUGAGUUCAUUGAGAUAUGUUGUGAUGUCGAAAAGAAAUGCAAGAUCACACAGCCAUCCGUGGUUUGCUUUCCAGUUCCUGAACAGGUUUUUCAUUUCAUAUCCAUCAAAAGAGAUACUUCAUCUUUCAAAUUAAGAAAACACUUCAGCAUCUUCCCAUUACUUAGCCAAAGCACUCUGCAAUAAAUUGUGUGAUCUUCAUGUUCGAAAUGAACGUCAGCCAGUUAAUUCUCGAAAUUGACGUUAGAAUUUUCAGCUUGAUGAAAUUUAUGCAGGUAGUUAUCGUGCCCAUCACAUGAGCAAAUUUGAUUUAUUUUGCAAAAAGUGUUGUUGAAGUAUAAUGCAGUGAAUUAUAGAUAAAUCUUCCGUAUCAAUUUUAUUACCAGAUAAGUCUUAAUUUUAUUUGGGCAACAAGCUCCAUCGGUAGAUAUUUCAUUUAGCUUUUCCCACUUUGGAUUGAAUCUAGCAAAAACAUCCCCCUUCUGAAAAAUUCCUUUAUUCCUUGUAGAAGAACCAGACGAACAACAAAGCCACACUACUAUGAGCCACUGGCAAAAACGGCAAUUAACCCCUUAACUGCCGCGGGCGUAUAUAUACGCCUUGCUCAGCCGAUGCGUUAAC